AUGAGGGGUGGGGCAGGGAGAAGGCCGGGCUCUGGAGUCCUGCCAGGGAGAGAGGUAGGGGGCUGGCCCCCUGGGGUCUGCCAACAGAGCCUCUGCCCCUCACAGCUGGGGGGCCUGGGUGAGAGACCCCACCCAGGAGAGGUGCUUAAAGGCCCAAAGGGUGAGUGCCCUCCCACUCCACUCGGCAUAAUGCGCACCUGGGCCUUCCCCGCAGCCCUUCUCCUGCUCUGCCUGGCUUCAGAAAGCCUACAAGGCGGACUACCUCCCUUGUCUCCGGGCCCAGGGAAAGGCUUCAGGAUCCCCAAAGGCUACAGAUCAGGCUACGGCUUCCCCAGUGGCCUUGGAGCAGGAUUUGGGAACGGGAAUGGGCUGGGAGCCCAGCCAGGCACUGGCGGGGGUGUGAAACCCCAGAAGCCAGGGUUUGGAAACGGGCUGGCAAUGGGGACCUUCCCAGGUGCUGUCGCCCAGCCAGGUUUUGGAGGGGGUGUGAGACCCCAGAAGCCAGGCCCUGUGGCUCAGAAUGGUGGCCAGGCACCAGGACUCGGCAAUGGGAAUGGGAUGGGACUCGGAGCCCAGCCAGGAUUCGGGAAUGGGAACGGGCUGGGAGGUGGCGCCUUCCCGGGAGUAGGAGCCCAACCAGCAGGUCCUGCAACUCAAAAUGGCUACAGACCAGGCUUUGGAGGGGGUAUGAAGCCCCAGAAACCAGGGCUCGGGAACGGCAAUGGCUUGGGAGCCCAGCCAGGCCUAGUGACCCAGAAUGGAUAUGGAGCAGGCUUGGGGGGGGCCACGAAGCCCCAGAAACCAGGAUUUGGGAAUGGCGACGGGCUGGGAGGCCAGCCAGGAGGCCCAGGAGGCCUGGGUUUCCGGCUCCCUGCGACCCACCCCGGUCCCCCGUACCUGAGCCUCUCCAUCUCCACAGCCCCUGCGGUUCCCGUGGGCUACGGACCAGGCAUUGGUGAGGGCGGGAAGCUGCAGAAGCCAGUUUACAGGAAUGGGCUAGGAGCUGGAGUCUUCCCAGGCCAAGGGGCCCAGCCAGCCCUGGGAAGGGGCAUGAGCCCACUAAAGCCAGGCUUUACUCCGGGACUGCAGUUCCCAGCAGCUCUGGGAGGAGGUGUGAAACCUCAAAAGCCAGGAUAUGGCAACAGAAAUGGGGUGGGGGCCAAGCCAGGUCCCUGCCAUGGGAGGGUCCCUCCACUGCUUCUCCCCAGGCCUCCCACUUCGGGGUUCCCUUCUGCUAAAGGGGGCGGCGGCUGGGGCCCCAAAUCCCAGCCCUCUCCCCCAGGGCAGAAUGGCAAGUUCCCAGCACCGACUCCUGCCAUCCAGUGGGGGCUGAAACCUCAGAAAGCAGGAUACCAGCCCCUGAAUGGCUAUGGACUGGGAACAGAACUGGGAUUUGGUGGUGGCCUCAAGCCUCAGAAAGUUGGUUUUGCUUAUGGGAAUGGUCUGGGAGCUGGGGUCUUCCCUGAGGCCCACCUGCAGCCAGAGUUUCCCGGGGCCAAUGGCUUUAGGAAUGGGUAUGGGGAGGAAGCACCAGUGUACUCCAAAGCAGCAGUUCCAGGCUCUGAAGGAAAUGGUCAGGCCAAGGCCCUAAGGGGCUCUUCUUGGCCCUCCAUGCACCCUUGGGGGCUUGUCUUGAAGCCUGGAUAUGGGCCUGGUGGCACAUACCCAGGGGUCGGGAGCCAGCCAGCGACCUAUGGACAGCUAAGGCCAGAGCUGGGCCCUGGACCGUUUGGCAGCCCUCCAGUGAAGAGAGACAGCAGUGGCCCACUGCGAAAUGGCUAUGGAGGCCACUGUCCUCUUGGGAAAUGCUGAACACCGAGGCCCUUUCACUGCCCACCCUGACAGCCUCUCUACCACAGCCGUGUGUUGGGCGAGGAGGGCCAGAUCCUGGGGCUUGGCUGCUGGCCGGGGGUCUCCUGCGGGCUAAGAGUAUUAAUAAAGGUGGCAUGCUA